CCAUUAACCGAAGCCCACUUGAUUUCGAAACAAGUCUCGACAACUUGACUCUUGAGUACCUAGGUACCUUACCUACCUUACCUACCGACGCCGUGGACAAGAGAUCCUCUGGACAGAAACCGCGACUUGCGGGAGGCGUUGAAGAUGGUCCAGAUCAAAAGCAACAUGGGAGAUCGAUCUCGAAUGGGUUGCUACCCGCGAGGCUACCUACCAUCCCCACUUCAUAUCCUUCCCGCGACCGACGCUCCCGUAACCGUGAUUCAAGAGUCAGCCCCAGCCGUCAAGAUAACUCUCAACAUUGAUUCACCGAACCUUCAACGGCGACACGAGCAACAGCAUUUACAUCUACCCCAACGCAUGGUUCUUUUGUGCAAGCUCCCGCUACCUGAAAGUUAA